UAUUUUAAAAUAAUUAAUUGUAUAUAAUUUUAAACUGUAUAAAAUUUGUAUAUAAUUGUUGUAUAGUUUGUAUAUAAUUGUUUUAUGCAAACACAGAUUAUAAGUAAUUGUGCCCUGCCCACUGUGAAUCUCAUUGGUCAAAAAUUCCUGCUCACAACUUUGCUUUGAUUGUCGUGUCUCGCAGCAGUUACACAUGUAGUAUGUGUAGACGACAAAUUGCUUGUCACUAAAAACUUUGUGCGUGCUUGGUUUCACAACUGAAACCCCUUGAAAGCACUGCUAUGAAUUGAAAACCACAGACGCACUGUUUAUAAAAGGUGUCAAUGUUUCCUUUGUAAAUAUAAUUAGAAAUCUAAUUAUAUGCUUGUAAUUGUAAUAUUUUCAUACAAAUUUGCAAUGUACAACAAGCUUUAUAGGGAAGGAGAUUGCAUGAGAUUGCAGUAUGUGAAAUAUGAGACUCUGCUUGUGCUUUAAUUAUGUCUGAAUAUAACAUCUAGCAAAAGAAGUCUCCAGCGUGCACUUUUGAGAAUCACUGAUCUGACCAAUCAAGGCCGAAAGCAUUCAAAUUGUUGUGUUAAAGCACCUCAUGCUUUUUCGUUUAUGCAUAACUUUUAGCUAUGACUCAACCACCAAUCUAAAGUGACUGUUCCCUGUUGAAUCAAAGCAAAAAUGUGUUGUUUUUUUUCUUUGAUCCAGACUUUGAAAUUCCAUCUCCUUUGAGUCCUUGAAUGGAACGCACAUGGUUUGUGAUUAAAAUCUCAGAGUCGUAUUUAUUUGGCCUACAAAAGGAGCAGAAUAAUGCAUUGUUGUACAUCGCAUUAGCGUUGAUACUUUCUGUUCCAGAGCUGUAGUUUAGCGUCGCCCGCUAUAAACUAAAAGUCAGAUUCUGUGCCGCAGCUUAAUCCAUUAUCUUGUUCAAAUAAGACGUCAACACACCGCAUCAGGAGUCGGAAUCAGACCGGGGUGCGUGUUUGACAUGUCUUUCCUCUCCUAUCACUGCUUCUCAGGCAGCUGAAGGGAAGUGCAUGAGUACGGCUGGCUGCAGCAUUUAAAUGUGCCAUGCUGAUUAUCUUGCUGCUGUGUUUACGUAUUCAUUUAUGUAAACAUUAUGCUAAUGUGUUUUUCGGCUUGUCGCUUGUGUCCAAUUGUGCCCUUCAAGUUUGACGUGAGGUGACUGAUGCAGUCUUGAUGUGAAGUUGCAGCUUCUGUUGUUCGGGCUUCUGAGAGCAGUCGAGUGUGCCCAGAUGCACUGGAUACUUGUCAUUGGCUCAAAAGAGGUGCUGGGGUUUGAAAAGUCUUGCCCGUGCUCUCGGGAGUGGCCUUUCAAGAAAAUGUGUCCUAAAAUAGCUGACCCUUUUGUGUGCGCUACAUUGCUUUUUUACACUAAAGAGUGCCUGAGUAAUCAUAGUCUGUAAGAGGUCUUUGAAGGCUGGCUGAAGCCACGAUUGGAUCAGAGGAGCCUGAUAAAAGUCUGAUGCCGACUUCAUACCAGAUAUGUCUAGGGCUCACAAAAAAAAAAAAAAAAAAAAAAACAGCAAAUGCCUGCUAACUAGUGUGUAUAGGAUUAAAGGAAUAGCUCACCCAAAAUUAAAGGCCACUCUUGCCAUACAGCUGUUGUCAACUUCCAAAAAGGCCAAUAAAAACAGCAUUCAAAAACACCACCCAAGCCAUAGAGAACAAUUUUAGAAAACAGUUCUUAAGACAAUCAUUUUUCUUAGUUUGAAGAUCAUUUUAAUAAUCCAAAGAAGUGUUAUUCCACCAUAAAGAACUUUUUGUGUAUUGGAAUGGUUCCAUGAGUGGUAAAGGUUCUCAAUGGAACCAUAGAUGUCUGAUUUUAGUGUUAAUUUUGUUAAUGAAAACUAUGACAAAAAAUGUUCGUCGAUGAGUGAGUGUUUUUUUUUUUUUCUGUCGAAAACGGGACAAUGACGAGACAAUAAUAAGGCCAUUAAAUAAUAACUGAGACUAAAUAAACAUGCAAUAUCGUUGACAAAAAAAGAAGAGACUAAAAUGUAGUUUAAAGAACAAAAACUUUACCAAAACCUUUUUAUUUCUGUUGAAAAAAGUGGAGCCAAAACAUUUCAGACUGCUGUACAAGACUGUAUGUGGUUGCCAGAUAUCAAGACCUCAAAUCCCCCAAUCAGAGCUUUUCUGUUAAACAGAUACAUACUCUACCCUGCUUUUUGAUUUAUAAAAUCUGGCAACCAUACACAGGCGCAAUCUCUGCAGAGGCACUGUGAUCUGAAAACACCAACAUACAGUAGUAAGCUGGAAUUCGGCGAUCUCCAUUUGAGGUGUGUGUGGGCAGCAGGCGUUCAAGACGGAGCCACGUAAUGUGACGGUCAGGGCGGGGGCCACAGCUCUGCUGAAGUGUGAAGUGCUGAGGGCCUCUGGGGUUGUGCAGUGGGUUAAAGAUGGGCUGCUCCUGGGACCUCAGAGAUCCCUGCCUGGCUACCCAUGCUACAGCAUGACAGGAGACCAGCAGAAAGGCCAGUACCAUCUUCAAAUUCUCAACGUGAGUUUGGAAGACGAUGGCCCCUAUGAGUGCCAAGUGGGUCGGUCCGUGAGCAGCCGUGCCAUCGUGUCCCGCACAGCCUGGCUCAAUGUGCAGAUCCCGCCUUCACAGCCGUACAUCCAGCUGGAGUCUGAUGAGCCGUGGGUGGAGGGAGACGAAUACACGGUGACCUGCAUCGCUCCUGAUGCAAAACCUCCUGCAGAAAUCACCAUGUUUAGAGAUGGAGAGGAGCUGACGGAAACCGAUUCUUUCACAAUGUCAGGCUCACAGGAUAAACUUCUGAACACUCAUGCUGAAGUCGUCAUCAGGGCACGAAGUUCAGACAAUGCACGGCAGCUGACAUGUCGAGCGAAGAACCCAGCUGCUCCUCGAGCUCUCGAGACUAGCAUGACCAUGAGGGUAUACUGUAAGAACCCUGCCAUUGUGUAAAUUCACUCUGAAUGUGUUUACGACUAAUUGCUCCUAAUAUUUAAUCAUUAAUGUUUUUUGUUUGUUUGUUUUUUUGUGCAUGAUGUGAAGAGCCAGUGGAUUUGGUAUGUGUAAUCUCAGGUCAAGCGGAGUUUAAUUAAAUGGAGCACACACUGUAAAUAAUGAAAAUAUCACUAUGACUUUGAAUUCAUAGAUUUUCUUGCACAGUUCUGAGUUCAUGGCCACAGCUGUGUGACGCGUGGUCAAUUGCGCCUUUUUCCUGUCAAGUAAUACUCUUGGUCCUUUCACUAUGAAAAUAAAUUUGCCUUUCACUCUUAGAUGAUAACACAAGUACCAAGAGUACACCCUGAACCAAUAAAGUCAACAUGAAGCACUGUCUACCAUUUUACUUCCACAGUGUGACUUAUUUUCAUGAGAACUAGGAUAUCCGAUGAGAAUUAUUAUUAUUAGUGUUAUUUUAUUUAUUUUUUUAUUUUUUUAUUAGUUGGCUAUUGUGAUUUUUUUUUUUUUUAAUAACUGUAAUUCAAGUCAAAAUGCUAUUUCUAAAUACAUUAGGUUACAACAACAAAAUUGUUUAAGGUUUGGUUUAGAUGGAAAUAACUCCUUAAAAUCAUAGUUCAAAUCCCCCCCCCCCCAUUCUCUUAAUGAGUCAUGGUUGUGUUUUGGGCAUAACUUGCAAUAAACCAAUCAGAGUCUCAUCUCCCAUUCCCUUUAAGGCCAGUUGCACUCGCACCAUGGUGUAUUCACUAUUUAUUACAUGGCGGAAUUUGCUAGAGCAAAGACUGAAUGCUUCUCUAGAGAGGCAAUGGAUCUGCUCGUGCACGAGGUUAAAGCGCAUGAGCAGACCAUCUACGGACCACAAUAAUAAUCUUUUACAUUGUAAUUUAAUAUUUGGCAUGUGUGUGCACUGCUACAUGUCCCUGUGUGUGUAAUAAGCAGAGUGUAUGUGCGUUGUUCACCUGCCUAUAGGCGCAUAUUACUAACUGCGUCGGGCUGAAACUAGCAAAAAACACUUGCGCUGCGCCUGACGCCACAUUGCGCGGGUGUAUGAUGGGGCCCAGUUUUCUAUAUCAAA